UCACUCAGAAGUGAGAUGCUAGGUGACAAAAAGGGAAAUGAGGCAAGUUACCCUUUGGAAAUGUGCUCACACUUCGAUGCCGAUGAAAUUAAAAGGCUAGGAAAGAGAUUUAAAAAGCUCGAUUUGGACAAUUCUGGUUCUUUGAGUGUGGAAGAAUUCAUGUCUCUGCCCGAGUUACAGCAGAAUCCUUUAGUACAGCGAGUAAUAGAUAUAUUUGACACAGAUGGGAAUGGAGAAGUAGACUUUAAAGAAUUCAUUGAGGGAGUCUCUCAGUUCAGUGUCAAAGGAGAUAAGGAGCAGAAAUUAAGGUUUGCUUUCCGAAUCUAUGACAUGGAUAAAGAUGGCUAUAUUUCCAAUGGGGAACUCUUCCAGGUGUUGAAGAUGAUGGUGGGGAACAAUCUGAAAGAUACACAGUUACAGCAAAUUGUAGACAAAACCAUAAUAAAUGCAGAUAAGGACGGAGAUGGAAGAAUAUCCUUUGAAGAAUUCUGUGCUGUCGUAGGUGGCCUAGAUAUCCACAAAAAGAUGGUGGUAGAUGUGUGACUCUUUUUUAAAGAGUACCACCCAACACUUUUGCUUUCUUCUCCAUCUCUGAAGAUCUGCUCAAGACGUCCAGCAAUGCUCUCUGUGUAUUUAAAUGGAAGUAUUUUUCUCUGUGAAGCCACAUUUUCCAACAUGAGCCUCAUGAAGCCAACUAAGUGUUAUUGAACUCUUAUUCUCUCAAUAACUCAGUGUAGCACUUUAAAGUCUGAAGGACAGCAUCAUGGAAAGAGCAUAUCAAUGUGGUGGAGAAAGGGAAGGGGUUGGCUUUUUAAUUUAUUUUUCUUCAUCUUUUAUAACAAGAAAGUAUCUAUAUAUACAUAUGUAAAUAUUUAUAUAUAGAUAUAUGUAGCUUUCUAUAUAUGUAGUAGGUUGGCUUUAAUUUAAUAUACUUGAUUCAGAAACAAAACGAUAGAGUACAAAAGUGCCAAGCAGAACAUAAAACAUCCUUCCUUUUAUUUCACACAGUUUUAUAUAUAGAUAGAAGAUUGUACAAUUGAGCCGGGUGUUAGGCCAGCUAUUUUCCUUUUCGUGUGCUUUCUCCUUUGAGAGAUUGACAAAGCAUUUGUUAAUGUCCUAUUAUUUACGUACUUACAUUUUUGUAACAAGAGAGUCUGUAACUUUAUUUAUACCUAUGAAUAUAUUUCCAGGGACUAUGUCUCAUUGCUGAGCAGCUUUUACUACAUCUCUGCUUGAGGAGAACGUAGAGUUCAGUGCUACUGCCAAGAGCUAGUUCUUGUGUUCAUACAGUAACUACACAGUGCUGAUGGCUGCUUCACUCUGUUACUUUGUAACUAGGAGCCAUUACAUUUAUUAACUGUCCCUGAGUAAAUGGAAGUUACCAGGUGUGAUUUUAUACUCAUAGGCCGGAAGCUAUCUGAGGCAACCAUGAUUUAGCUUAUGUAUUACUUAAUGAAGAGUACCUGAAGUAAUCAUAGAACUGCUUAGGAAACCCAUUUGUUUCAUUACAUUAAAUUUGUGUUUGAACCAUAAAUUUCCCUUCUGUGUUUCAAAAGACUUGCAGCUAAAGAACUGGUGAUACAAUGUGU